CUUUGUCAGUGCACAAAAUGGCACCCUACAGCCUACUGGUGACCCGACUGCAGAAAGCUCUGGGUGUGCGGCGAUACCGUGUGGCCUCAGUCCUGUGCCAACGGGCCAAGAUGGCGAUGAGCUACUUUGAGGCCAAUGAGUACAUCCACUAUGAGCUGCUAGAGAAGAACAUUAACAUUGUUCGCAAACGACUGAACCGGCCUCUGAUCCUCUUGGAGAAGAUUGUGUAUGGACACCUGGAUGACCCGGCCAGCCAGGAAGUCGAGCAGGGCAAGACAUACCUGUGGCUGCGGCUGGACCGCGUGGCCAUGGCGGCCGUGCCAUCCACCAUCCAGUGACCAUCUGAUAAGAGGCCCAGCUUGGGGACGAGAAAGACCUGCGCUGGGCCAAGGACAUCAACCAGGAAGUUUAUAAUUUCCUGGCAACUGCCUGUGUCAAAUAUGGUGUGGACUUCUGGAGGCUUGGAUCUGGAAUCAUUCACUAGAUUAUUCUGGAGAACUAUGCAUACCUUAGGGAUCUUCUGAUUGGCACUGACUCCCACAUCCCCAAUGGUGGCAGCCUGGGGGGCAUCUGCAUUGGAGUUGGGGGUGCCGAUGCUGUGGAGAUCAUGGCUGGGAUCCCCUGGGAGCUGAGGUGCCCCAAGGUGAUUGGCAUGAAGCUGACGGGCUCCCUCUCCAGUUGGACCUCACCCAAAGAUGUGAUCCUGAAGGUGGCAGGC